GUUUAUUGAUCCUUGUUCCGGAUGCCCUUCCGCUGGUUAGAUGAGAGGGAAUAAGCAAGGCCUGUGGUUGGUUACCAGUUUUUGGGAAUAGUGGUUUUGCCCAGCCGUCCAUCAAAUGAAACAAUUACCAGUAGCUCAUGAGUGCUGCUAGCGGUUGGAGCAAAUUUGCCGCCAAUUUUAACGAGUCGUACUCGGACAAGCACAUCCAGCGUCCAACUGGUGGGCUGACGACCUGUCAUUCAGACUCGCGUUCACGGCUCUGCGAUUCAUCGCGAGUCAGCCUCAUCAAGACCAGCAUCGUUGUUGCUGUCGCUAUAAGGCACGGAGCAGAAUUACGGAGCACGGCAAUGCGCCAGCUGCAUGCCGACGGUAUCGCCGCGUUCGCCUCGCCGCAUCUUGAGCUGAUAGAUGGAGCCGGAGAAAUGCCAGCGUUUACUUUGUCUGAACCUUGUUUUUCUCCCCCAUCCGCGUCUGCACCGUUCUGGGUUAUGAUUCUUGCGUACCCCGACUACGAGUAUGCAUCAGCUCUUUACGGACAAUGCCCAUCAAGGGGGCGGCAACAAGAGCCGGCCUGCCAAUGUGGUUGUUUCAAAACCAACAAAGCGAGUUCCAAGGCAGCUACACUCAUUCGGGGAUUAGCAGUACUGUAACAGUAAGCAACGGCGCCGUACUGUAGCACGUUUCUCCUCCCCCCCCUUCUUUAAGAUCCAUGUCUUUGCAUGUUUCUUCAGGGCACGGGCU